AUGUCCUUUCAACCGCCUGUAGAUCCAUCACGUCUUCUCGAGCAAGAUCCCCUCCUGGAGGCAUUACACGAAUUUCAACUUGACACACUUAUCCAAGAAAGUCGUAACGAACCUUUAGAGCCUCUCGUCUACAUUCGUACUAUCGACAAUGUUAACAGGGCCAUUCAACUCUUUAAAGUUCACAACGUCAUUUCUCUUCCGGUUUUUGAUCCCGCCGAAGAAAAGUUCAUUGCGAUCGUGAAUGUUGUGCAUAUCGUGAAAUUUAUAAUGUUAAGAGAGGUGUUCUAUAAACAUGGAGUCACCUUGUCCCCUGACGUUGGAGUUGAAAUGGUAGAACAAAUUAAAGAGGAAUUAAGGCCAAUUUACGACUUGCCGAUCAGCGACGUAGUCGCUGCCGCGAAUGUUCACGAUAACUUCAAGAUGUACCAUAAGUCCGUUCCACUUAUAGACACCGUACGUGCACUUAUGUUAAAAGAAAAUGCCUACGCAAUUCUAUGUUCGGUUUCCGAUGAUAAAGAGAAGAUGUUGGGUGAUAUUCAGCACGCGAGUAUUAUCACACAAUGGGAUGUCAUGACUUUUUUUAUUAAAAAUGAAAAAUUGAAAGUUCACGGAAUUGGUGGUCUUCCUGCUCAAAAGGCAAUACAAAGAUCGUGGAUUACAUUUACCAGAAAGGAAGAUCCAAAUCAGCCUUCACACAGAUUGCCGGUUUCGGAAACGAGAAGAACGUUCGCGCUUUCAAUCACUGAAGAUAUGACAGCAUUCGCCGGCUUCAAACUUCUGGCUGUUCACGGUAUCUCAUCGGUCGCCGUCGUUGAUAGAGAAUCCGAACCAGUUAAACUUACUGAUAAUCUGUCGGCUUCUGAUAUUAAGUAUGUCUCGCCUGAAAAUAUUGACGGAUAUAAUCUUGUCAGCGAAUUUCUUCAUAAGGUCAGUGAUCAUCCGAGGAGAGUCGUUUCAUGCUAUGAGGAGACGAGCCUAGAAGAGGUCACGAGAUUAGCAAUUGCUGCUGGGGUUCAUAGGGUUUGGAUCACAGAAAAAGAUACAGAAAAACCUCUGGGCGUUGUUACAAUGAGUGAUAUGUUGAGCAUGUUUAUUGGUGUCAAAGGUGAACGCGAUUAA